CCAAUGAAAGGAUCGAGACCGAGGCUCAUUUGCAUACGGACCGCAGCAUACGGAUCCGGCCCCGAGUAUAAAAAGGAAAGGUUCUCGCUGGCCAUUCACAGUAUCCAAAGAAUAUUUGCUUGACAUACUCGUUUCGCUGCAUCUUUACGGGCCAGAAAACCUCAAUUCAUCAUGGCUCCAACAGCUCAAGUUGCUAAGAAAGGCUCCAAGAAGGCAGUCAAGGCCCCUCGGCUCAGCGGUGGCAAGGAGAGGAACAGGAAAAGGAAGGAGAGUUAUGGAAUCUACAUCUACAAAGUCCUCAAGCAGGUUCAUCUAGAUACCGGCAUAUCCAGUCGGGCCAUGGUCAUCAUGAACAGCUUCGUCGACGACAUCUUCGAGCGAAUUGCCGGCGAAUCUUCCCGCCUCGCUCAGUACAACAAAAAGUCAACCAUCAGCAGCAGCAGUCUACCUCCAAGUAGACAGGUCAUAUACUACUCUACUUGGACAUACAACGGCCCUUUUAAAAAAAGAAUGAUAUCCGUAGUAUUAAAUGUAGCGUAGUUGUUUAUUAAAUAAAUAAUGUGUAUAAUGAAUAUAAGAUAUAAUCAAGAUUACACGAUAGUAUAUAAUAAUAUUAGCCCUAUAUAAAUCUCACUCUAUAAAUCUAGACUAGAGCAUAAAGUGUAUUCAUGAUGGUCGGGAGGAAGACGAAAAUAGUCGAUUAAAUAAAAAAA